AUGGAAAGUCCCCACGAGCACCAGCAGUCGGUGCUGUUGUCGCGCAUCAUUACCAAUGUGGAGAAAUUGAACGAAGCUGUCAUGGUGAUGAACAAGGGUUUGCAGGAGGUCAAUAUCCAAAAUAUGAAUGUCGAACUGGUUGCCCAAAUGUUCAAAAACUACCAGUCGAACGUGCUGUUCCAUCUCGAGGCCACGGAAAACCUGAAGAACCCAACCUAG